AUAAUUGUCCACUGAAAGCGACAUCUCGACAUACUCUCUCUGGCCCUGCACUUGAUUGUGAAAAUUAUCUUGCAUUUUGACAGACUAUUUGGCCGUCCUCUGGGAGGAUGGGAUGCACAACAUACUCGCUAUCGUCUGCUCCAAGCGUGUUACAGCUCCCUGUAGUAUGUUUGUCUGCUCCGAUUGCAUCGGCAACCUCGCUGGCAGGGUCAACUCUGCUUCCAACACUGGCUUUGUCUACAAGCACGUCAAGUACCUAAUAGGCACUCUUUGCAACGUCGAAGCAAAAAAGCGAGGUAUGAGCAACGAGAUUCUUGCUUCCCAUGCAAACAGAAAUGCGCUUUAUGCACAGGUCGAGAGGGACCUUGCCGAACAGGGCACCUGGCUUGCAAUGGAAGAGCGCUUUUACCGGCAAGAUUUACAACAUACCCACAGAGCGCACAACAUUCAGAUACCACACAUCUCACCCGUCGCCCGAUGCGUUCUUUCCUUACCCAACAUUCAACAACGCCUGGCUCAUUCGCACAAAGAACAACGUCGGUAUUGUCGAGCGACCAUUGAAUUAUGCCAGGCAUAUUCGACUUCCUACUAUAUUGUGGCUACUCCAGCGCAAUCUUGCCAUUGAGGAGUGUUAUAAGUGCGUUUGCCAGAAGGGUAUCACGCCCGACCUCAAGGCUAUGAAUGUGCAUGAUGCACUAGUCGUCAAGAGAUCGAACAACAUGCGUCAAAUUUGCUACAAGAGUGCUUACACUCGGUGCAAUCGUCU